CACGUGACCGCGGCGCGGGUCAGCUGACUUGGGAGGGUUUGAAGCAGCGCCGGGACAGAGAGAGGCCGCAGUGACGGAGCGGGGCUCCAGAACCCGGGCUGUCCAGCCGCGCCCGCUGGCGUCCCGCGCUCCCGGGGCCAGCAUGGCAGCCCCCGUGGGCCAGCGCGGCUCAGAGACUGAGCGGCUCCUGGCCCCCAGCCCUAGCUAUGGGACCCAGGCAGGGGCCUCACCAGCCCCCUCGACGCCCCUGGAGGAAGAAGAUCUUCGCCGUCGUCUUAAGUACUUCUUCAUGAGUCCCUGUGACAAAUUUCGGGCCAAGGGCCGCAAGCCCUUCAAGCUGAUGCUGCAGGUGGUGAAGAUCCUGGUGGUCACUGUGCAGCUCAUCCUGUUCGGCCUCAGCAACCAGUUGGCGGUGACCUUCCGGGAGGAGAACACCAUCGCCUUCCGGCACCUCUUCCUACUUGGCUACUCAGAUGGGGCGGACGACACCUUUGCAGCCUAUACACGGGAGCAACUCUACCAGGCCAUCUUCCAUGCUGUGGACCAGUACCUGAUGCUCCCCAACGUGUCGCUGGGCCAGUAUGCAUAUGUGCGGGGCGGGGGUAGCCUUGGAGCCAAUGGCUCGGGGCUGGCCCUCUGCCAACGCUACUACAACCGUGGCCAUGUCGACCCGGCCAAUGACACCUUCGACAUUGACCCACUGGUCAUCACUGACUGCAUCCGAGUGGACCCCCCUGAGCAACCCCCUCUGUCCCCCACUGAGGAUCUCGCCCUCUCGGACAGCAGCUCCAGUUACAGGAACAUCACGCUCAAGUUCCACAAGCUGAUCAACGUCACCGUCCACUUCCAGCUGAAGACCAUCAACCUGCAGAGCCUCAUCAACAACGAGAUCCCUGACUGCUACACCUUCAGCGUCCUGAUCACCUUUGACAAUAAGGCACACAGUGGACGGAUCCCCAUCAGCCUGGAGACCCGGGCCCACAUCCAGGAGUGUAAGCACCCCAGCGUCUUCGGGCACGGAGACAACAUCUUCCGGCUCCUGUUUGACGUGGUGGUCCUGCUCACCUGCUCCCUGUCCUUCCUGCUGUGCGCCCGCUCACUGCUCCGAGGCUUCCUGCUGCAGGAUGAAUUUGUCAGGUUCAUGUGGCGGCAGCGGGGACGGGUCAUCGGCCUGUGGGAACGGCUGGAGUUUGUCAACGGCUGGUACAUCCUGCUGGUCACCAGUGACGUGCUCACCAUCUCAGGCACCAUCAUGAAGAUUGGCAUUGAAGCCAAGAACCUGGCCAGCUACGACGUCUGCAGCAUCCUCCUGGGCACCUCGACGCUGCUCGUCUGGGUCGGCGUCAUCCGCUACCUGACCUUCUUCCACAAGUACAACAUCCUGAUUGCCACUCUGCGGGUAGCCCUGCCCAGUGUCAUACGCUUCUGCUGCUGUGUGGCUGUCAUCUACCUGGGUUACUGCUUCUGUGGCUGGAUCGUACUGGGGCCCUACCACGUGAAGUUCCGCUCGCUGUCCAUGGUGUCCGAGUGCCUCUUCUCGCUCAUCAACGGUGACGACAUGUUUGUGACGUUCGCCGCCAUGCAGGCCCAGCAAGGCCGCAGCAGCCUGGUCUGGCUCUUCUCCCAGCUCUACCUCUACUCGUUCAUCAGCCUCUUCAUCUACAUGGUGCUCAGCCUCUUCAUUGCGCUCAUCACUGGCGCCUAUGACACCAUCAAGCACCCAGGCGCUGGCGGGGAGGUGAGUGAGCUCCAGGCCUACAUCGCACAGUGCCAGGACAGCCCCACAUCCGGCAAGUUCCGCCGUGGGAGCGGCUCAGCCUGCAGCCUCCUCUGUUGUUGUGGCAGGGACGCCUCAGAGGACCAUUCGCUGUUGGUAAAUUGAGUUAGACGCCACUGGACCUUAGCCCCGGACUGUGGGGACCCACG